AUGAGAGCCUCCACCUUAGCAGUCCUUUUAACUAUUGCCGCGUCCGUCAAUGCCAAAUUCGCUAUCCCAGACGCAGCAAAGUUAGUUGCCAGAGCUGAGUCUUCCUCAGACUCCAGUGAUUCAGACUCAUCUAGCUCUGAUGCUUCAUCAUCAUCUGAUGAAUCUGGAUCUUCUGGAUCUUCUGGAGCAGGAUCUUCAGGAUCUUCCGGUUCUGCUUCUGAAUCUUCAGGCUCUUCAGGCUCUUCAGGAUCUUCCGGUUCUGCUUCUGAAUCUUCAGGAUCUUCAGGGUCUUCAGGAUCAUCUGACUCUUCUAGUUCAGAUUCCAGUUCUAGUGCUGAUAGUGCUGCUGUUGGCUUAAGCCACGCUGCCGGUUACGGUUUCGCUGCUGCUGCUGUUGUCGUCGGUGGUUUAUUAAUCUAA